AUGACCUAUGGAGAUCUUGGACAGAGUAGCUGGUUCACGCGAGGUUGGACUCUUCAGGAAUUAUUGGCACCCCAAUCGGUCCUACCCCUGAACAAAAGUUGGAAGCUCUGUGGCUACAAGGGCAUGCUUCGCCCUGAUCAGAAUGUACUCUUUGGCGCGCAUCCUCUCUAUGUCACGCGCGGAUGUGAAUUUGCCAAACGAGAAGGUGGCAUUUUCAAGCGAGAAGGCGGAUAUUUCGAGCAAGAAGCUGCAUCCCUCGACAUUGCAACGAAGGCACCUGCCAGUCGCGGAGAUUACAGGCAUACCCAAGAAGUGCUGAAGGACUUUUCCGAUGCCAAGCAUAUCAGCGUGGAAGAGAGGAAGAAGUGGAUGAGCAAUAGGGACACCGAGAGGAUUGAAGACCGUGCCUAUUGUCAGCUGGGGCUUUUAAACGUCACUAUGGCCCUUGCCUACGGUGAGCGUGAGAAAGCCAUGGUUCGCCUGGAGCAAGCUAUCAGAGAGGAGGCAGCACGGGCUGCUGCACACCAGCACAGUCCAAUAGUGCAGUAUGAUGGCUCUGAGACUGGAUGGGAUACCGCGAGUGACUAUUCGUGGGACUCCGACACCUCAAUGCGAUUCAAGUACAUUCGACGGGCGUUGAGAAUGUGGGCCAUCAAGCGCAUUCGAAAGCUGGGCUAUUGA